AACUCUAACUCCUCUACCAGCCGGCGCACGCCGACGCCGACGCCGACGGGCACAGUACUAGCGACCGAGCUGCGAGCGACGCCAGGGCAUGGGUGACACUGGCGCGAACAUGGCCCACUGGGGCGGGCUCUACGGCCGGGGCGGCGGCGGCGGGGUUGUCGCGCCGGCGACGACGGAGACGGUGACGACGGCAGGAGGCGGCGGGUCGGUGUCGAGCCCGACGUCGGGCGGGUCGGGCGGCAGCCCGAGCCGCGCGCAGCUGCAGCCCGGGGUCGGGGUGGAGGGCGGGCGCGUGGGCAAGCCCGCGCGGCGGCGGUCGCGCGCGUCCCGCCGCGCGCCCGUCACGCUGCUCAACACCGACACCUCCAACUUCCGCGCCAUGGUGCAGCAGUUCACCGGCGUCCCGCCCGGGCCCUACGGCCCCGGCCCCGGCGGCGGCGGGGGGCCCGUCAUCAGCUUCGGCGCCGAGUACGGCGGCGCGCAGCUGGUGCGCCCGUCGCCGACGUCCGCCGUCAUGUCGUUCGACCCCCAGCACCACCACCACCGGCCGACGGCGGCGUCGUCGCUGCAGAGCCAGCUGUUCAGGCCGCAGCAGCAGCAGCAGUACGGUGCCGACGUCGGCGGCUACGGCGUGCACGGCAUGGCCAUGGCGGCGCCGUCCUCCUUCCUGCACGGCGGGUUCGAGGCCUCGUCGGAGGACCGGCUGCUGCUGCAGAGCAUGAUGCAGGCCUCGACGAUGCCCACCGGCCACCCGCCCCCCACUAACAACGGCAAUGGAUACCACUUCGGCUAGCUGAUCGAUCCACCGGUUUGAUCCCCACCGCACAACCGAGGUAAUUAAUAUAAUAAGCGGGGAGCUAGAUCAGGGAUCCAUGGAACGAAGAAGCCGUCGUCGAUGACCACGAGCUGAUGAUGACGCGUGUUCUAGCUUGUUGCUGCUGCUUAAGCAGCUAAGCAUUUUUUUUGUUAUGUUUUUUUUGCUGGCCUCGCAGAAGGCUAGCUAAUUACGAGUAAGUAACUAAGUAUAGUUAGUAGUGGUAGUGUUAUCUUGCUGCUUUAACUAGAAAAGGAGUUAAGCUAGGUCGAUGUAAAUAGUUCCCUUUCCUUUUUUUCUUUUUCUUUUUGAAAAAAUAUCAAUCAAGAAGUUUAAUUUUGGGGC